AUGUCAUACCUUUCUGUCUAUCUUCUUGAGUUCCUCGGCGUACCGCUAAACCACCACUCAAUUUUCAUCAAAGACGCCGAUGGUGAAACAGGAUUUGUCUUUCACGUAAUCGGUAACAUACAGAUGGGUUGUGUUUUUGAAGUUAGGCAACAGGAAACCGAUCCGAGAUUAUCAGCAACCUUCGAAAAAAUGACACAAAUAGGGGUGAUUGAAGCCAACGAUACCCCUCGCUCUCGCGCUGUCUGCGAGUCCAAUCCUCCCCCGGAGAAACAGUUCAAUGGAAUCAAGAGGAUUGACCCCAAGAAGCCUCUUCGACGUUGCCAAGAAUGGGCAAGUGAGACAAUCGAUAUCCUUCGAGAACAAGGUGUCCUUCUGAACGCCAACUAG